ACACAUGGCUCGGUCAUAUGCAGAAGAGCUUAAGACUCAAAUGUAGGCUACUGCGUCACCUUUAUUAUAAAUUAAUUGCAUAGAUGACAAUAAUGCAGCUUAAUGCGGACUUCAGACUAGGGUAGGCUACAUACUAUUCGUCAAACAUUCUAGCUGCCGUUUGGAUAAUAACUGUUUGGUCUCUUUUACAGUGCAGGGUUUACUCUGAGACUGAGUCCUUUAAGGCUUUGCUUCAGCAAAUUUUGUUGUGCCUCCAGUUAAGCUUCUCACGAGUUUUCACGCCAGUGUGAAGUGCAUUUAAAUUGAUCAGCGUCAAUAAUGACGUACUGUCUGUGGAGAGGCCGUGAUCAGAAACCGGGCAAGAAUCGAGUGGUGGACAGACUCUCACGUUGUCAUGUUUUGCAUAGCAACAACCCCCCCUCCCCGUCACAUGUGUUGGGGAUCAACUGAAUUUAUGCUUCACUGGAGAAAAACGGGGAAUUCUCUGCCAAGUGGAGAGCACCCCGCGAACCAUAGACCAUCUGUUUAGGACAACUGCUUAGGCAUUGGACAGACGUGUCAAAAAGUAUUAGACACAUCAACGAAAGUGACGUUUUCAAUUUCGGUAGAAUGAUUCUGCAGACACGAAGAGGUUAAUCAUUUCACCGCGGGAAAGGCGAAGUCUGCACAGCAACAAGCGCCAUGAUUGCAAUGAGCGCAGUGCGCCCCGGCAGCUGAAAACCAUGGAGUUACUGGAGGAGGACCUGACAUGUCCAAUAUGCUGCUGUCUCUUCGAGGACCCGCGCGCUCUCCCCUGCUCCCACAGCUUUUGCCGAAAAUGCCUCGAGGGCAUCCUGGACGGACAGCGAGGUCCCACUUGGCGCCCCCCGUUCAAAUGCCCCACCUGCCGCAAAGAAACCUCCCACAAUGGCAUCGCGAGCUUGCAAGUCAAUUACUCAUUGCGGGGAAUCGUUGAGAAAUACAACCGAAUUCGCGUGUUGCCGAGGAUGUCCCUCUGCCGCGAGCAUCACGGGCAACCGCUCAACAUCUUUUGCGCCACCGAUUUGAAACUUAUUUGCGGCUUCUGCGCCACUACCGGCGACCACAAGGGACACAAAUUCUGCGCCCUGCAGGACGCCUACGAGCAGGAGAGGGCUGCCUUUGAGGAGCUGUUCCGCGGGCUCGAGAACUGGCGCAGCGCCGAGGUGCUCUCGUGCCUGGAAGCGUUGGAGAGCAGCAAGAAGAAGGCGCUGCAGCUCGUGUCCAGAGACGCCGACCGGGUUACCGAGUACCUGGAUAAACUUCUCCGCGCGCUGGAGCACAAGCGGAGCGAGAUUCUGUCCGACUUUGAGACUCUAAAAUUGACAGUGAUGCAAACUUACGACCCGGAGAUCAGCAAGUUGCGUGCGGUGCUGGAGGAACAGAGGCGCGCGCUCAGCAUCGCUGAGUCCUUCAGGUCCCUGUCGGACCCCCUCGCAUUCCUUCAGCAAAUGCAGGACUUUCGCGAGACUCUGCGCGUAAUCAAAGAGACGCCGCUGCCGUCACCUCCUCGGAACGACGACGUCGACGUAGGUCCCCUCGUUCGAAACUUUGACGUGCAGCAGUGGGAUUCAGUGAGGCUCGGUGAUGUAGACACCCUCUGCGCCCCGCACGAGAGCAACGCUCACCGGUCACCUGCUGCGCCAGCUGUUCCACGCUUCCCUCUCGCGCUCUGGAGAUUCGUCCUGUUCGCGUGUGUUGUGUGCCUGUCCUUCGUGUCUCUAAUUCCGGUGGACUGUCUCGCACAUACUACCCCAGAACGAGUGGCUGCCCUGAGUCGAGCUUACCUGCCAGCGCCCGAAGAGGUCCUCCACCUAGCCGGGCGCUGCUGGAGAGAGACGGCGGGGCUCUGCGCCUUCCUGGUGGAGUUCUGUCAGAACUGUAUCCUAAACCUUAUUAACACCAGUGCAGACUUCAUCAGCUGAUGUGAAUGCGUUGACAGCCUGUUCGAUUGUAGUAGUUGUUGUUGUUGUUGCGGUAUUGAUUGAGCCUUCCUGAACUAGCCUUAACAGUUUAGUUUCACCAGAUGUGUGAAGAAAUUGUGUUUUCUAAAUCGUUAUAAUAUGGUGAGUUGAAUCAUCCAGAGCAUAUGACAUGUCCACCGCCUCAGAAUAUAAUCUGAAACGUUACCGAAACAAAACGCAACUGAAUUCGGCCGUUUUAUUCAGCCAAUGACAACAGAACCAAACUUCAGUGUAAUAUGUAAUAUGUCUAUCUGAUGAAACCUGCCUUUAGCCUUUGCUGCUGGUCCGUUUAAACUCCAACUGCCGAGUAAGGGCACAUGUAGGUCAGUGAAGACAUUUGUUUUUACGCUUCUUUUUUUACUUGUUAAUAUGUGUUCUGAAUGUGUCAGUUUAAUGUGUGUUUGUGUUGUUAUAAGAGAUGUACACACGCCCUCCCCCGGUCUGUCCAUAUAGGCCUCCCGUUCUGCAUGUGCACCAAAUCACCCCCCCCCCCUCCCCUCUCCCGGGCACCUCUCUGUUUAUACCGAGCCUUGCAUUUUUGACAAAAUAAAAUAAGCAGUUUAAUAAG